AACCAACACCACACGCAAAAAUGGUGCAACGAGCAUUUAGUGCUACAGGGAAAGCCUUGCUAGCUGGGGGAUACUUGGUUUUGGAUCCGAAAUAUGAAGCAUUUGUUAUUGCGCUCAGCGCUCGUAUGUAUGCGUUGAACAGCGUUUUUGAAUCCGAAGCUGAAACCCGUCUCUGCCGUAUUACUGUUAAUUCUCCCCAGUUUAUGAAUGGAUCAUGGUCAUACACCCUUGAUUUGGAUGGUUUGAAAUCAGCAGGUUUGGCAUACCCAAUAGUGGAAAAGGAAGGUAAACGUAACCCGUUUAUCGAGUCUACCAUCCUUGUGACAGUCGGAUAUGCUUUGGAAAAAGACGUCCUGAAUGAAAAAACUAAAGCGAAAGACAUUCACAUCACGAUAUUUUCAGAUCCGGAGUACCAUUCACAGUUGAACUCGGUUCGGAAAGAAUCUACAAACAGGUCGAAACAAUUCUUGUAUCAUAACAAAGAAAUCACACAGGUGAAUAAAACCGGAUUGGGGUCUAGUGCAGGCUUGGUGACCUCUUUGACAGCCAGUUUGUUAUCGGCACUGUUUGCUGAUUUUGAUAUUGCUCAAUCAUCUCUCAAUUGGAAGGAAAGAGUUCACAAUUUGGCUCAAGUUUCUCACUGUAAGGCGCAGGGUAAAAUCGGAUCUGGGUUUGACGUGGCGAGUGCUACAUUUGGUUCAAUCAUAUACCAAAGGUUUUCGCCACAACUAAUUCACAGCGUGCUAGACGCUGUGUCUGAUACAAACGCAAAGUUGGUCGAUCUUAUAGACAACCAAGACUGGAACAUGAAGCAUGAGCUCUGUAGCAUGCCACCUGGUAUCCGACUAUUGAUGGGAGAUGUUAUUGGUGGCUCUGAGACUCCUAAAUUGGUUACAAAAGUGCAGAACUGGCGUAAAGAGAAGCCCGAAUACUCAUACAAGGUGUGGACGGAGCUUAACAGUUCAAACAUGCGCCUAGUGGAGGCUUUACGCAAGAUGGACAAACUUUCUGAGACAGAUAAGGUAAGAUAUUCGUACUUGCUCAAUGAACUUGCAAAAAAUAGUGAUGAAGACAUUGCCUCCUCCCCCGACUUGGCAGAAUUGAACCAGAUCGGAUGUGCAAUUAAAGAUAUCCGAAAGUAUCUGAAAAUUAUGACCGAGGAGACUGGUGCAGAGAUUGAGCCUUUUGAGCAAACUGAGCUUUUAAAUGCUGCCACAAACAUUAAAGGUGUUCUCGGUGGUGUUGUUCCUGGAGCAGGUGGAUACGAUGCAAUCUGCCUUUUGGUUUCUUCUGAAAAACUACCCCAAAUAUUUCAGGAUACCUCUUCCAAUCCAUCAUUUGGCCACGUUAGGUGGAUGAACCUAGCUGAACAGAGAGAUGGGCUCAUUGAGGAGUCGUACUCUAAUUUUGCUGGUCUUAUAUAAUUUUGUAUCAUCAUCCCGUCAAUCAUACUGCCAAUAGUUAGGUCAGUAGAGACAAAUUUCCAGAUCUGGAUCUGCUUAUAUAAGCGCGCAUUGAUUUGGCGUGGAAAAGAAAACAAAAAAAAUACAAAAUCUGCAU